AUGUCAUCCGACACUCAAAAAUCUGCCAUCAUGAAGCUCGUGACCAACGAUGGCGAGAAUUUCGAUGUGCCGCGAGAUGUGAUUCGGCUUUCGACCACAAUCAACACUAUGCUUCAGGAUCUCGGUUUGGAUAAUGAAUCUAAUGAUCCAAUCCCGAUAUGUAAUGUUUCUGGUCCAAUUAUGAAGAAAGUUCUGCAGUGGUGUACAUUCCACAAGGACGAUCCGCCAAGCACUGACGAUUCCGACAACCGCGAGAAGCGUACCGAUGAUAUUCCUAGUUGGGAUGUGGAGUUUCUGAAAGUCGAUCAGGGAACUUUAUUUGAACUGAUUCUUGCUGCAAAUUACCUCGAUAUCAAGGGACUGCUUGAUGUUACUUGCAAGACGGUUGCUAAUAUGAUCAAAGGCAAGACACCGGAGGAAAUUCGUCGCACGUUCAACAUCAAGAAUGAUUUUACACCAGAAGAAGAAGAGCAGAUUCGCAAAGAGAACGCUUGGUGUGAAGAUUAA